AUGAAUCAAUACAACGCCUUCGUGUCUCGCGAGGAGGAGAUGAUGGGACUUGAUCGCAGCAACGAUCUCGUCGUUUGUCCUAAGCCUCGACGUGUCGGCGUACUCGCUAACAACCUCACGCGCCCUCUCAGAUUACAUAUGAGUCAAGCUGCUGCUGAUUUGUGUGAUUCUGAAGCUGGUGCAGAGCUUUUAGACAUCAUUCGUAGAAAGGAGGACAAUGUUACAAUAGGGCCAUACUUUCUCGGUUCGCCUCCGAGCAGAGCAGCGAACCCAUUAGCCCAAGACGCACGCUUUCGAGACGAGAAGAUCAACCCACUCUCGCCCAACUCUCCUUUGCUUCAGCCCAAUUCAUCCACCGCCUUUCCUUCUCCAUCUCCAUCAUCGUCUCGUGGUUGCGUUAGGAUGAAGUUUGGACUCAAACCACCUGCAGUUAGAGUAGAAGGGUUCGAUUGCUUGAACCGUGACCGCCAGAGCUCGAGCAUCCCCGCCAUGGCUUAG